GCGGGGCUUCCGAGGCUAUAUAAGGAGCAGGAAGGGGCCGUGUGGCGCAGUUGCAGCCGCACUGGUCACCGAGAGUGUUCUUUUGUCGCCUUCGCCCGCGAGCCCCGCAAGAAAAAUGCAGAUCUUUGUGAAGACCCUGACUGGCAAGACCAUCACUCUGGAAGUCGAGCCCAGUGAUACCAUCGAGAAUGUCAAAGCCAAGAUCCAAGACAAAGAGGGCAUUCCCCCCGACCAGCAGAGGCUGAUCUUCGCUGGCAAACAACUGGAAGACGGACGCACCCUGUCUGACUACAACAUCCAGAAAGAGUCCACCCUCCAUCUUGUCCUGCGCCUGCGGGGUGGAAUGCAGAUCUUUGUGAAGACCCUGACUGGCAAGACCAUCACCUUGGAAGUCGAGCCCAGUGAUACCAUUGAGAACGUCAAGGCCAAGAUCCAGGACAAGGAGGGCAUUCCCCCUGAUCAGCAGAGGCUGAUCUUUGCUGGCAAACAACUGGAAGACGGACGCACCCUGUCUGACUACAACAUCCAAAAGGAAUCUACUCUGCAUCUUGUCCUACGCCUGAGGGGUGGAAUGCAGAUCUUUGUGAAGACCCUGACUGGCAAGACCAUCACCUUGGAAGUCGAGCCCAGUGACACCAUAGAAAACGUCAAGGCCAAGAUCCAGGACAAAGAGGGCAUUCCCCCCGACCAGCAGAGGCUGAUCUUCGCUGGCAAACAGCUGGAAGAUGGACGCACCCUGUCUGACUACAACAUCCAGAAGGAGUCCACUCUCCAUCUUGUGCUGCGCCUGAGGGGUGGAAUGCAGAUCUUUGUGAAGACCCUGACUGGCAAGACCAUCACCUUGGAAGUCGAGCCCAGUGAUACCAUUGAGAACGUCAAGGCCAAGAUCCAGGACAAGGAGGGCAUUCCCCCUGAUCAGCAGAGGCUGAUCUUCGCUGGCAAACAACUGGAAGACGGACGUACCCUGUCUGACUACAACAUCCAAAAGGAAUCUACUCUGCAUCUUGUCCUGCGCCUGAGGGGUGGCAACUGAACUGGCUGGUUGUUGCUCGCUUCCAAGUGAAAGCUUGUCUUGUUCAUUCCAAUAAAGCUGUUGCAUCCACAAAA